AUGCCGGAUUCUGAAUUCCAAUCGCGAGGAUUUCUUGCCCUCAAAAGUCGUUUUGUUCGUGUCCCGAAUUCUGUAAUAAGUGAGACCUGGCUCCAACAAAAAUACCUCAUGAAUCAAAAAAAUGUCGCCAGAACGAAUUUGUGCAUUGAAAAUGAUGUGGAGAUGUUUAAGGAGAUCGAGAAACUUCAUAAGCGAAGAAAAACUGAAGUGUUAGAUGUCGAGGAGAAAAAGGCACUGGAGAAUCAAAUCAAUGAGCUAGUGGAAAGAAAAAAUGUUCCUUUGAAUAUAUUUUUCACUUUGCCACCUCAUCUUCUGGUCGUCGAUCUGCAUGGAUUCCUCAUUGGAGGUGCUGUUCGAUAUGUGAACAAGAUCGCCGCGGAAAUGAUGAAAAUGUCGGAUUCCAGAGAAGUCGUUCUGAUCACUGGUCACGCGAACACCAGAUGUGACAAGGAUCCACCGAUAAAGAUCAACUUGCUCCAGAAGUUUCCACAGAAAAUUCGAGUAGAUCCGAACAACGGCGGUCGUCUGAUUUUCACUGGCAAGUCAGAUGUACAGAAGUAA